CGCUCCAACGUGGCGCAAAGCAAAAAGUGUAACCCAAAAAAUAUUUCUAUUCACAUAUAUUGGAACCAGCCGAGGAAUUAUGUUCAAGCUACUGUGUCUAACGCUGCUGAUAACAGCUGUGCUGGCACGCCCCGAACCACCAGUUAACGCCUACCUGCCGCCCUCACCUUCCGAUAGCUAUGGAGCGCAAGGACAAGGACAAGGCGGCUUUGGUGGCAAGCCUUCAGAUACUUAUGGAGCACCAGGACAGGGACAAGCUGGCGGCUUUGGCGGCAAGCCCUCUGACAGCAAUUUAUUGAAGUGCAUCACAACAAUGCUGGAAAGAAAGCCUCCAAAAUGCAGGCGGAGACUAAUAGGCAAUGGACGUCCUUAUGCGGUCCAGCAUAGGAAGCAUUCCAAUGCAGCAACGGCGAGAGCUCCUUCCUCCAGCUAUGGUGCGCCAGGACAGGGACAAAGUGGAACUCCUUCUUCUAGCUAUGGAGCUCCAGGACAGGGACAAGCUGGCAACUUUGGCGGCAAGCCCUCUGACAGCUAUGGCGCGCCCAAUGCGGGAGCUGUGGACAAAACGGCGCUGGCAUACAACGGCAAGUUAUGGAAAACGUCCUUCCUCAGCUAUGGUGCGCCAGGACAGGGACAAAGUGGAACUCCUUCCUCCAGCUAUGGAGCUCCAGGACAGGGACAAGGCGGUUUCGGCGGCAAGCCUUCAGAUUCUUAUGGUGCACCUGGAGCAGGCGCUGGUGGCCAGUCACAAGGCGGCUUUGGCGGCAAACCAUCUGACUCGUAUGGACCACCUGCAUCCGGAGCAGGCGCUGGUGCUGGAGCUGCUGGCGGUGCUGGUGACUAUGACAAUGGCGAACCCGCUAAGUACGAAUUUAAUUACCAAGUUGAGGACGCUCCAAGUGGGCUCUCUUUUGGGCAUUCAGAGAUGCGCGACGGUGACUUCACCACCGGCCAGUACAAUGUUCUGUUGCCCGAUGGCAGGAAGCAAAUUGUCGAAUACGAGGCGGAUCAGCAGGGCUAUAGACCACAGAUACGCUAUGAGGGUGAUGCCAACACUGGUGCAGGCGGCGGUCAGGAUUUGGGUCAAGGCGGUUAUUCCGGCAAUCGUCCAGGCGGUCAGGAUUUGGGUCAAAACGGUUAUUCCGGCAAUCGUCCAGGUGGUCAGGAUUUAGGUCAAAAUGGUUACUCUAGCGGUCGUCCAGGUGGCCAGGAUUUGGGUCAAAACGGUUAUUCCGGCAAUCGUCCAGGCGGUCAGGAUUUGGGUCAAAACGGUUAUUCCGGCAAUCGUCCAGUUGGUCAGGAUUUAGGUCAAAAUGGUUACUCUAGCGGUCGUCCUGGCGGCCAAGAUUUGGGUCAAAACGGUUUUUCCGGCAAUCGUCCAGGUGGUCAGGAUUUAGGUCAAAAUGGUUACUCUAGCGGUCGUCCAGGUGGCCAGGAUUUGGGUCAAAACGGUUAUUCCGGCAAUCGUCCAGGUGGUCAGGAUUUAGGUCAAAAUGGUUACUCUAGCGGUCGGUCAGAUGGUGGUCGCGUCAUCAUUGGUGGACGUGUCAUUGGCGGCGACAAUGGUCAGGACAACGCUGAUGGUCGCGGCUAUUCCAGCGGUAAACCAGGCCAAGGACGCAAUGGUUUUGGUCCUGGUGGCCAGAACGGUGAUAACGAUGGCAGCGGAUACAGAUAUUAGACAGCACACCACUGACUCCGAGACACACAAGCUAAGUUAGCAUUUGAGAUGAGAUUAUAUAAAGCAAUUAGUUCAAUAUCUAGCUUUUAAGACUUUCUAGAACUUUAAAUUAGUUACCUAUAUCUUUUAUCCUGUAUACUCUAUACAUACUUUCACGCUAUCUCAUGCUGUCUGCCAGCCAUUUUAUUUCAUAUUCCAGACUUAGUCGUAAGCUCAACUUGUUACAAAUGCAAAUGUGAAAAAAAAAACUAUAAAAAAUAUGUGAACUGCUUAAGCGGCAGUGAGGAAUCCCACAGAACAAUAAAGUAAAAUAGAA